AUGGCUAUCAGAGUGUACAGAGUAGCUGUUGUUGGAUGCCCUCGGGCCAUCAUUAGCUCAAACGGUCUUUAUGAAGGUGCUGGAAAAUCCUGUCUCUGCAAUAAGUUUGUGCGGUCUGAAUCUUAUGUCGAGUCUCACAACACCUGCCUGAGUGAGAACCAAUGGCUGAAUGAACCAGUGACUAAUGGAGACCACUUCAUCUACUGGGGUGCUGCCACUAAGCAUCUACCUGAUGGAAGCAAAGCACGGUUCCAAGUGGUGGAGCAGACAGAGUUGUACAGUACAGCAGACCAUACAUUACAAGCUCACCCCUCCUCUCAAGACUAUCUAACUCGAGCCUCUGCAACUCACUUCAAGAGUAGCAGUGGAGGAAAGACCGCUGUCAAAUACAAGUCAGUGGAAAGUGGAAUACGAAGAAUUCGUGGACCUACUAGAAAUACUCAGCUGUUCCCAAAUGAAGACUUUGCAGAGAAGGGCCUCGGGGUGUACGGUUACGUGUGUGUGUUUGACCCCAGUCUGGAGGGCAAGCAGAUGGACAACCAACUCUCCUACUGGUCUGUUCUAAUGCCCCUAUUGGCUAAACGGAAGAGGAAGAUUGUGAUUGCCUGCGUCAAGUGUGAUACUGUUGAUGAAGUCAAGAUAACAUUUGCUAAUAACGUAGUUAGUCAUGUUUUGAAGAAACCUGUACCUUUUGUAGAGGUGUCGGCACGUGAGAGUGUUAAUGUGGAGGAAGCAUUCUUUGCAAUUGCCAAUCCUGCAAAGAAGCACAAAGUACCCAAGAAUGGGAAAAGACCUUUGUCUGGUUACAUCACCUUCAACAAGGUCCUGGAGUCUCGUAAGGGAGACCUGAACAGAGCUAAGGACGCUUAUCGCUCACUCCUGCAGAAACGUGUCACUCACUUCUCUACCACUUGGAAUGAGGUGUGGCCUAGUCUGGAGAGGGAGGCGGUCUAUCGCACGGUGCUGGAGUUAGCUGGGGCGGAGGGUGAAGAAAUGGUGCUCAAGAUGUUCCAACUAAGGCUCAUAGAGAUCAAGUUGAGUGAGGCCAGCAAGCUGCAUGGCCACUCUGCCUCCAAGAUGGUGGACAAGGGAAGCUCUCGGACUUAUCAGGACUACCUCUCCUCUGCAUUCAAGGGACAUCCUGACCUUGGGAGUGAGUCCCUCUAUGACUACGUCUACUCCCCCCGCUCCUCCAUCAGUGACAUGAGUGAUGUGCUCACAGAGCCAUCCCCUCCCUCCAGCUAUAGGAACACUCCAGACCUACACAACAGUCGCUCAAAUAUGCAUCUCUCUAAUCUAACACUCUCUGAUAUGCGCCCACGCUCAUCAACCUUCCAAGAGCCGUCUAAUCACAACGCAGAGCUGUUCCCCUCGUCCACGCUACCCAGAACACCUCCGAGGAAUAAAACACAUAGCGUGGACUUGGGCACGCCUCAGGGCCAGUACACUGUGGAGGACCCCCCACCACUACCCCCCAGGGCUAUCGACGUGUUUGCCUCCAGUCAACUUAAAAUUCUGAGUCAAUCUCACUCGUUCAUGGGGAUGAUACCUGAGGCCACAUCCACUCAGGAGUCGGACACAAGACGCCUCUCCAACUCAAUGGACUGUUUAUUAGUCGAUUCUGAUACCGAUUCUGUAGUAAAGAAGAAGAGAUUCGAUGAACUAGUGGCCGAACCAUACCUACAUCCGGUGGAAGUGAAGGAGAUGAUGUCACUCACGCCCACACUUCCCCUCCUCACCUCCCCCUCCCCUAAACCCACUGACACGGCUAAGAGUGCUUCCAUCUUCAUGUCCAUGAGGGUACGCACUAAAUCACGACCGGCCCUUCCCAAACAAACCACAGUAGAUAAUGUUCAAGGCUCUCCUGUACUCGCUAAAAGCUUCUCCUUCCAAAAGGGACACAAACGCAGUCGCUCUAAUCCGUGGGUUCUUGAAGGAUCGCGGACCAAGCCCCCCGAGCUGCCCCCUCGUAACAUAGAGGCCGCUACCCCCCUCCCUAUUGUCCCCCCUACCCCCACCACUGUGUCCACAUCCUCCAGUGUGUUCAGUGAAGCAGUCAUGAGCCCCAUAGAGACCUCCCUCGAGUUCGGUGUCCGUCCUCCACUACCACCCAUGCCCAGGAGCAAUGCUGUCAGGAGUCCUGCCAUGCUGAAGAGUAAGAAGACCUCUGAGGAAGGUACCGACGAGCUUGGCCAGUCUGAGGGGGAGGGGCUUGAAGUAUCCGAAUCACCAUCACCACGACGACAUAUCAUCGAUGACGAGGACGAUGAUGAUGACCCUGACGACCCCAGUAACCAAUACGCACGAAUCGAGGACAUGCAGAAGUAUGUGUUGAUGUCCUCAGCCCCCGCAUCAACUCUCCCCAAGGCUACCUCUGUAACUAACGUGGGUGAAGACACUGUGGACUUUAGUAGGAGGAGUCAGACCAUGGUACGACCUCACAAGGACCUGCCCUCCAUCACCUCGGCUCCUCUACUGCCAUGGAAGAGGAAGUGGAAGAAGCCGCGAGAUGCUCCCAUUAUUCAUGACCCCACUCCUGCACCGGCUCCACCCACUGCAACCCUGCCAGUACAAUCACCAUCCCACAGCAAGCGUGUGAGUCGUCCUCUCCCCCCCUCCCCCACCAAGCCACGGAGAAUGCUCAGCAACAAGGGCACGGGAGGGAAUAUUUACGAGGCCAUUGAUGAUUACCGACGUCAAGGUGGUUCAAAGAAGCAAGACCACCUGUGGGGCCCCCCCGUGGAGGCAAGACUGGUGACAAAGUAUGUGGAGGCUGUUCGAAGAUUGUUCACAUUGCCUGAUGUCAAGGAGAGAUGGUUAAACACACUCACAUCCCUCAUGCCUGAAGAGAACAUUGAAAACAUUCCCCAUCCGUUUGCUGCAGGAGGGGAUGAGAGGGAUCCAGGCUCAGAGCACUCCACUCCCUCCCCUCAACCCAAGCUCAGACACAAGUCGAGUAUCUCCACUGCUGAUGAUGUCAUUAUUAUACAACAACCCAACCCAGUGACACCAACACACUCGUCGUUUGCUGCCUCCCCACCAACACGUUCAUCCUUUGCUGCCUCCCCACCCAUGUCUCCAUUCCUUAAUCCACCACAAUCUAUUCGGGUGGCAUCCCCAUUAAUCCAAUCUCCCAACCAGAGCCAUUUCAAGAAGUCCUCAAGUCGAGAUGAUCUCAUUCAGAUCCUGAACCAACAGUUGAACGACUCCCUCUCCUCAGAUUCAGAUAGUGACGACGAAUCCAGUUCCAGUGACGAAGACUCUGACAUUGAACCACCCCCUGUUGUCAAGGCAACGACCCCCCUAAUGCAGACGGACCUUGACGAAGCUCUUAGCCUGAGGGCAUCAGUAUCAACGGACAGUGAACUUGCGACCCAUCCGGCUAGUAAUGGUGUGGAGAUUGUGAAUAAUGUACGACCCUCUAUGCUUAUUAAGAAACGAGGCACGUCCAAGAGAAGGAACUUUGACCCCAGCACUAUCGAAGCCACGAGGAACCUCAGUGACUCUGGAAUAUCAAAUUGCCACUCACAAACAUUUGAGGAUGGCUUCAUAUCUGCUCAGAGCAGCCUAGCUCAACACAACUCAGAGUCAGAGUGUUAGACUGUUGGUAUGUAUGUACAUGUAUGUGUGUGUCUGUGUGUACGUGUGUGUGUCCAUAGAUAUGGUGUGUCUGUGUGUAUAACUUUGCCUUGUUUUUGUACAGCAGCAGUCAUAUUGCAUUAAUAUGUUUAUGUAUUUAUUCUGUAUUUAUUAAAAUGAAA